ACGGGUUUGACGGGGGGUGACGGUUGCCCCGGGCUAGCGUGUUGUGACGAAGUGAUGUGACGAUAGGUGAGCGGUUAUCGUGCUGGGUUUAAUGCUCACCCAAAGACUGAAAAGCAAUAAGAGUUAUGGACACACGACGAUACAAUUACAAGGCAAACAUAACAUAAUGUGAAGAGAUGACCACUCCUCACUCGACGAGCCCGCACCUAUACCCGUCUAAGCGACCGCCUGACACCGGAAAAAUACCCAACCAUGCCAACAAGACGAAAGAUCCCAGCGAGCUUAUGAUGCUGGUAGACGAUUUUAGCGACUAUUUCUAUGGCAAUACGAGUCACGAGUUCAGCGGGCACAAUGAAACUCUAGAAGUCCUGAACGAUGUGUAUUCGAACUGCACUUUCAAUGGGACAUUUAAUAUCUCGUGUUUCGGGAAGGUGGAAGUGGUCCCGCAGUACAAUCUGUGGGCGUUGUUGCUAUUGAUUUUUCCGUUUUUUACUCUAUUCGGUAAUGUGCUAGUGAUAAUGAGUGUGGUGCGCGAACGAACGCUUCAAACUGUGACCAAUUAUUUUAUAGUGAGUCUGGCGGUUGCUGACCUGUUAGUGGCGGUCGUGGUGAUGCCGUUUGGAGUUUAUUAUUUGGUGCACGGCUCAUGGGGUCUGCCAGCGUUUGUGUGUGACGUGUACAUAGCGAUGGAUGUCACAUCAUCAACGUCGAGUAUAUUCAAUCUAGUGGCCAUCUCAGUUGAUAGGUACAUAGCAGUAACACAACCCAUCAAGUACGCAAAACACAAGAACAACCGUCGCGUCUGGUUCACAAUCGUCCUCGUGUGGAUGAUCUCCGCGGCCAUCGGGGCCCCAAUCGUGCUGGGCCUCAACGACACGCCGGACAGGAACUAUGACGAGUGUUUGUUCAACAGUCAGAACUAUGUGCUGUACUCCUCGCUCGGCUCCUUUUAUAUCCCCUGUAUUAUGAUGAUGUUCCUGUAUUAUAAUAUAUUUAAGGCGUUAAGGAAACGUGCGAAGAAACAGCGGGCAGCGAAGAAGCCACCUACAGCUGGUGAACACACCGGCACCACCACAGCCCUGGUGAUAGAGAACGUGGCGGUCACCAGGCAGCUGGAGACCGCGAUAGAUGAUAGACCAACCAACACUGGCUCUGGGAGCAAUGAGGAUGAUCAUGAAGAUAGUUUCGACAAGCGGUCGAUAGAUCUAGAAGCGGAUGCUGAACUGUGCCACGUGAUCCCCAACGACAAGUCCACGGAGUUCAUGCUGGCCACCGUCACUGAGGAAACUGCCAAGCCUUCAAGAAAAAAGUUAAAAUCGCAAGUCCUGCAAGAUCCAAACGGGAACAAUGAUUCAGGAUAUGUGCCUUCCAAUCUAGAAGAUACGAUAAGAGAACACGUGUCACCACCACCAUCACCAGCAGUUAGGGAUGCUACAGUGAUCAGGAACGUGGCAGCAUGUGAGAGAUGGAAGAAGAAGAAUGGCAAACGUGUUGAGUCGGACUCCAGGAAUGCCUCAAUAGCUUUCCGCUCAGACGACGACCUCGGCUCCAGUCAUUAUGACAUUCGAGACGGCACCAACAGUAAAAAGGAAAGAAAAGCGAGCUCCACGGCCCGUUUCACUAUUUACAAGGCUAAUAAGGCAAGCAAGAAGAAACGGGAAAAGUCGUCAGCCAAGAAAGAAAGGAAAGCCACCAAGACUCUGGCUAUUGUCUUAGGUGUAUUCCUUUUCUGCUGGACGCCGUUCUUCACUUGCAACGUGUUAGAUGCCAUCUGCGCCAAAUUCGGCCUGCAGUUCUCCCCUGGAGUCACCGUGUUCAUCCUCAACACCUGGCUCGGUUACAUCAACUCCUUCCUCAACCCCGUCAUCUACACGAUCUUCAACCCUGAAUUCAGGAAAGCCUUCCGAAAAAUCCUCAAAUGCAGCACCUAGCGUUCGGACUAUGUGGUCGUUUUUACACAUUAGAUCUCGUAAUUUUACAAAUGUACAUACAUCUACAACGAACGUUCUAGAGAUCUUGACGGCCAGACUUUUGGUAGGAAAUAGCAUAUCAAAUUAGUACUUUGAAUUCUAGUCUGUAUAAAUGCUUUAAACGUGUACUUAUAUCAGUAUUAAUAUUAUUAAUAGCAAUUGAAAUGCCAAACCUGUAGAUCUAAGCUUUCGUUUGUUUAAGGUUGUGAUAUUUUUUAUUUCUUUAGAGUUACUUAUUAGAAUUUAGUUAUGUUUGUUUCAUUGUUAUUUAGUUAAAUAAAUUAUAACGGAUUAGACUGAAGCUUUUAACUUCCACGUACGUAGAUGUGGCGUAGUUCAAGUGGAUUUCAGCUUCAAUUAUUUUAAAAUAUAAACAGUUUCAUACUGAAUCCGUUAGAAUGUCUAUGUAUCUAAAGAUAAAAUCUCUACUCGUUGUUAGCUUGGACAUCCGUCCAUGUUUAUUUAGCUACGGUACUCUGCUAGCUACUAUUGUUAUUUAUAAAAUAGUUAUUAUGGUAUGGAAUAUUAUAAAUAAUACAUAUAACGAUAAAAAGUCAAUGCACGGCGUGAUUUGAAAAAUGUAAAUAUGUUAAACUAUAAUUUGAUCAUAUCAGAGGUAAUGAUGUAAAUAACUUCUUAAAUAAAACUUAUGUUAGUUAGAUCGAUGUUUUUAUAACGGUUAAUGAAUUUUAAAUUACAAUAUGUAUUAGAAUCAGUAUUGAUAUAGUCGAUAUGUGUAUUGUUAACU